AUGGCAAUAGGAACAGCCACAGCAACAACACCUACAGCAGCAGCAACACCAACAGCAGCAGCAACACCAACAGCAGCAGCAACUCCAACAGCAGCAGCCACAGAUGCAGCAGCAGCAGCAGCAGCAGCACCAAAGGUGUCUGUGGUUACAACUGAAGGUCUUGAGCGGUUGCUCAAGCGUCUACACCCAAAUGCGUCUGCAUCUCCGCAGUGUCUGGAGGUGUUAGCCGAAAUGGCAGAAGAAUAUGCCGAGCAAUGCGGUCGGCUGUUGGCUCGAUUGGCUCGUCGUUGGGGUUUAACAACAAUUACAGCUAGAGAUGCUAAGGCAUUUAUUGAUCGAAUGAAUGGUUCCCCUGGUUGGAAGUCUAUGGAAGGCGCAUCAGCAGCAGCAGCAGCAGGAGCAGCACCCAAGGGCAUUCUUGCUGCAGCAAGGCAGCAGAGGCAGCUACUUGCUGCAUAUGUGCGUGAAGCAGAAGCAGCAGCAGCAGCCGAGGCAGCAGCAGCAGCAGCAGCAGAAUCGCCACUCAGCAGCAGCAGUAGCAGCAGCAGCAGCAGCAGCGGCAGCAGCAGCAGCAUUAGUCCUCAGACAGAUGGCUCUUCAAAGACAGCAAGAGUAACGCCUGCUACUCCUGCAUCCCCCCUCCACAGCAGCAGCAGCAGCAGCAGCAGCAGCACAGAGCAGACGCCACCAAGGCCACGGGUCCGUUUCUCACAGGAUAAAGCUGCUGUUGCAGCAGCUACUGCAGAGGUAGCAGCAACAGCAGCAGCAGUUACAGCAGCUGCUGCUGCAACACCACCACCAGCAUUACCAGCAGCAGCAGCAACAGCAGCAACAGCAGCAGCAGCAGCAGCAGCAGCAGCACGACCAGGAGGCAUUGGUUCCCCUCCGUCGCAGCAAACACCAUUUCACACACCUCAGCCGCAACCCGACUUGGCAGCAACUGCAGCAGCACCUGCAGCAGCAACAGCAGCAGCACCUGUAGCAGCAGCAACAGCAACUGCAGCAGCAGCAGCAGCAGCAGCAGCAGCAGGCAGCUUAGCUACUCCUAUAAAGGCGAGUCCUCCCCCUCAAGAAGGAAAAGGAGAAAGGCAUACAACAUUCAAAAUAAACCCCCAGCUAGCCAACCAACUGCCCAGCUAG